GUCGACGAACUAACUCUUCGCACGCUGGUUAUAAGAAAGAGAAACAACUUUACAGACCCACUUCAACAGGCAGCAUGAAGAUGCUUAAAGUUGUUCCCCUCAUCUUUUGGCUGAUUUAUACUGCCACCAGAGUCACAGGAUGGCCUGAGCACACAAUCUGCAAGAACAAUCAGCUGGAAAUAAAGUACCGAAGCUGUGAUCCACUGCAAGAUUUUGCGUUUAGCUUUGACAGUUGUUCCAGUGUGGUGGCCCAAACCGUCAACAUCAGAAUAGCAACCAUUUUAAGGUACAGCAUCACUGAGCUGACUGUGGAUGUAAGUCUCACCAUUAAUGGCAGGCGCGUCCCAAUUUACUCCAAGAAACUUUGUGAGCGGGAUCACCCACGGCUUAGUUUCUGUGGAAAGAAGAGAGGAGAACAUAUCUAUUAUGAAGGGCCAAUCUCCGCGGGAUUCAGUGAUCUCCCCCAGGGGAACUUUAACCUAACCGUGCAGCUCCUUAACGAAGACCGUCACACUAUUAUCUGUGCGGAUUUUACCGUCAAGAAUCAAUGAGAGGGUGUGGGUGCUUUUAAAGCUGUCAUUAAAAGAGGUGGCUAAAAGCAGCAUGAGCUAGAGACUUUUUAAGAGAGAGAG